AGUAUUGACGGGUGCUCGUCUGCAGUGAUUCUUUUAGUGAGUUGAUUCAACGGCCCUGAGAUGGUGACCCAGAAAAAGCAGAAAAAGGCGAUUGAAAGCAUCAAUACUCGCCUUGCCUUGGUGAUGAAGUCGGGGAAAUUCGUUCUCGGGUACCGCCAAACAUUGAAAACCCUUCGCCAAGGUAAAGCGAAAUUGGUGAUCAUCGCGAACAAUGCACCGCCGCUGAGGAAAUCUGAGACCGAGUAUUAUUCGAUGUUGGCGAAGACCGGAGUUCAUCAUUACACUGGCAACAACAUUGAAUUGGGCACUGCUUGUGGAAAAUACUUCCGAGUUUGUACUUUAGCAAUCACGGAUCCCGGCGAUUCCGACAUCAUUCGCACACUGCCAUCUUCGGAAGGUGGAACUUUAGCCUCGUAAUUGAGCCGUUUCGAAUGUUGAAUGAGAUUCAAUUAUAUGGCUGUGAUGUUGGAGAAA